AGACACACAGACAGCAAUCAUGGUCAAGAAGUUUUCUGUGGACUGGCUCGCCCAAAGCUUUCACGAUUCGCCGCAUCAAGACGUUCUGGAGCCGGAGAAACAGACGCACAGGCCACACGUACCGUGCGUGGUUCAACCGAGACCUCCUACAUCAUAUGACAAGGUUUAUUUGCAGCCAAAACCAAAGGUUAACAAGAAAGCUGAAGAGAAACCAGAGACCGGUAAAGAGAAGGAGGGCACAACCCCUGUUACCCAAAGAAGCUGCUCAUCUCCAAGCUUUUCAGAAAACAGCGGGUAUUCGUCAGGUUACGAGAGCGAAGCAACCGCGUCUGAAUGCGCGUCCGUCGAAGAUGCGCACGAGACCGAGAAAGACGCGGCCACGCGAAGAAUCAGAACCAAAUUCACUCCGGAACAGAUCGACAAACUGGAGAAAAUCUUCACCAAGCACAAAUACUUGGACGCGGGAGAGAGAGUGAAAACGGCUUUGAAACUCAAUCUGUCAGAAACUCAGGUCAGAACUUGGUUCCAGAACCGCAGGAUGAAGCUGAAGCGGGAAGUGCAGGAGAUGCGCGCGGACUAUCUGCUGCCUAAUAUGGUUCUUUCGCACGUGCUUCCGGUUCAGUACCAAUGCUACAACAGACAGCGACUUCCGUUUCCGCCUCCCAGCGCGCUGAUGCAGCAGAUGAUGCCGCUGGUUUCUCAUCAUCAGCUCGUGAUGCCCAGGCAGCAUUACUUCUGAAGAAGACACAUCCAGAGACCCAAUCCUCUGAAACACUUAAAUUCUGUGUGCAAUAUCUCAAUAUAUGUACAGUUAUGUUUUUUGUAAUGUUUAAUUGAAUAGAAGAGUUUAUUUAUUAUCAGAAAUAAAGUAUGUUCAAUAGCUAAGUUUGCGUUCCUGGUGAUUUGUCCGUGUUCAUCUGAUAAGAUUGGUUUGAGAAGUGAAUCGAUCUGAAAUAUCUGUUGUUCAAAUGCGUUUCAUCUUAAUCAGUUUCCUUUGAAGUCUACAGAUACUGUGACAUGCACUCAACUGAGUGACUCCAUUUAGACUUUAUUCAGGAAUUCAGUGUUUUCUUGGAUCAUGUCACAUACUUUGCAUAAGUUAAAGUAAAUUAUUUAUCAUCAGCAACCAAAUGCCAUCAAUAAAA